AUGCGAUUAUUGAUCGUUUUGUUGUUGCUUGGGGAUGUGCUUGGGGAGUACAGUUUGACAAUCUACCUGCGACGCCUCGAUGUCGGACAGGGGUAUUUGCUAAGUGGAGAUCAUUGCACGGACACGUGGAAUCUCGGAGAUCAAUGCAAUCUACAGUUGAAGUUGGGAGUUUGUUUGGGCGUUCCAUUGAAUGUGAGCAACCCGUGUCCCAAUCCAACGCCGAUCGAUCUCUCAAAUGUGACAUCAAAUUCGAAUGCCGUCGAUUUUGCGGGAGGAGGCACUAUCUAUGGGGCAUGGAAAAACCCGAGUGUUUUCCCAAAUAAUUCCACUGAUGCAAUUUAUGCGGGUUUCUCGUUGUCUGUCGAGAUUCGCGAGGCUCGCGGUGGAGCCAUCAUUGACAGCUAUCAGCAACAAUUCGACGAUGGGAACACACCAAACAAUUUCAUGUAUUUUUCUCAUCCGAGAAAUCUCCUUGAUCCGACAAUGUUAUCGGUGGCAUGGAAAGCGACUGGAAAUCUGCCAACACCGCCCCCUCCACCGACCACAACCGAAGCCCCUACACCGACCCAUACGACUGCCACCGAGCCCUCCACCGAGGAGCCACCAUCGACGUCAGCCCCGAUUACCGCAAAAGAUUGUGAAGAGAUGGAAUCAAAAAUUGAUGGAGUAUACCCAAUUCUCAUCAAUGGUCAAAUCGUUCAGGUGUAUUGCUCAUUUGCCUCCAACGUGGCUCUCACUCAUAUCCAGGGACGCGGAGAAAAGGACAGCACAGAUUUUGAUGUGACUUUUGACAAAUACAAGGAGCCUAUUGGAGACGCGGACAAGGGGAACAAUUUCUGGCUCGGAUUAGAUAAUAUAAAUCAAUUGACAGCAAAGAAUGACCAAAGUUACUCGUUGAUGAUUGAAGUUUGCUGUGGAGACACUUCGAUCUCCAAGCAGUACUACACUGAAGUCCAGAGAAAAAUGGGUGUAGCCAAAUAUUCUGAUAGAGAUUUAUCAUUGCUUUUUCCGGUGAGUGACUCGUCCACUGGCUAUGUGUUGACUGGAAAAGCCACCCUCGGCAUUGGCCUCAAUUACGCCGAUAACACGGACGGUUAUGGCACAGAUCUUGGACGAAAAUUUGUCACAUAUGACUCUUGGAAAGAUAACGAUGAUAAUGAGUAUUGCAAAGUCAUCUAUGACGGCCCAAAAUACACGGAAGGAUCAGGCGGCUGGUGGUUCGGUAACUGUCGCGAAAACCUCAAUGGGCAUUAUUACGAGGCAGCAGUUGAUCUCGAUCUCAAUUGCAAGAUCACCGUACCUUCCCCCUGGAAAAAAGGUUCGGGAAUCGAGUUCGUCACACAAAACAUUGCGACACCGGUCGUGAAUGGAGUGAGCUACACGAGGACACGAAUGGCCAUCUAUCGGGGAACAGCACAACCUACUGGACUUAAGAAUUUCUGUACC